AUGGGUGGUACACAAGACACCGCCACGGUGGAACAGGAUCGGAAACAAUAAUUUUGCGUUAUGUUCUUGGCCUGGAAGUCAAUAAAUCAAAAGUUUAUGAUGGAUCAGCAGCUGUAUUUUUCAACUUUUGAAGACAAAUGUUGAGCAACAAGGUCUAAAGAUGGAAAAUAUUAUCGGUGAAUCAUUUGAUGGAGCAUCAAAUAUGCGUAGUGAGAUCGGAGGUGUACAGAAGCUGAUCAGAGACGUUUCGCCAAAUUCGUUGUACACAUGGUGCUACGCUCAUGUGCUAAACCUUGCUGCUCCAGAUAUGGUAGAAAACAUAACCGAAGUGAAAAUUUGAUCAGCUUGCUUCAAAGCACCGUAACGUGUUUUUUUUCAGAUUCGUGCAAACGAAUGGAUGUUUGGAGCAGGAUAAAGAUUGACGAAGCAGUUGGUUCAGCAAAGCUAAGGAAAUUGCAGAAGAUUGGUGGCCUAAGCAGGCAGCAUUAG